GGCGCGGCUGSYGUGGGGAGCGGGGCGAGGCCGAUCSCCGCCGUCGGGAUGGGCAGAGGCAGCACCGCGCGGCUGCGGGGCCUCCGCGAGUGACAGCGGGACGGGGAUGGGCCAUCCACGCGUGRCGCCGGGGCGUCCCGGGACACCGGACAGUGGCGGAGCCCUGCGGCGAGCCAUGGGCAUGGCGGUGGCUGUGGCGCUGCUGUAGCACCGGAACCGCUUAGGACCUGCCUCCACAUGGUGUGACAGCGGGCGCUGGCCAUGGAGCCGGGCACCAUCGACAACCUGUCCAUCCUGUACCAGAGCUCCGACUUCAUCGUGGUCAACAAGCACUGGGACCUGCGCAUCGACAGCAAGAUGUGGUACGAGACGCUGACCCUGCAGAGCCAGCUCAAGCACCGCUUCCCCGAGCUGGCUGACCCCGACACCUACUACGGCUUCAGGUUCUGCCACCAGCUGGAUUUCUCCACCAGUGGGGCCCURUGUGUGGCGCUCAACAAAGCGGCAGCGGGCAGCGCCUACAAGUGCUUCAAGGAGCGCCUGGUGACCAAAGCCUAUCUGGCCCUGGUUCGGGGCCACGUGAACCAGAGCCGGAUGACGAUCUGCUACGCCAUCGGGAAGAACACCACAGAGGGCAUGACCCACAUGAUGUGCAUUGACGGCACGGAGGGCUGUGAGAAUCCYAAGCCGUGYCAGUCAGAGCUGAUCGUGCUGGAGYACGGAUCCUACAGCGGAGACCCCGUCACCAAAGUGCUGCUGCAGCCGCUGACAGGGAGGACUCACCAGUUGCGGGUUCACUGCAGCGCCAUYGGCCACCCCAUCGUGGGGGACAUCACCUACAGCCGCCGGCAGGACAGCAAUCCCUACCGGAUGAUGCUCCACGCCUACUACCUGCGCAUCCCCACYGGCAAGGAGCUGAUCGAGGUGUGUGCGCCCGACCCCUUCGUCCCCGCCAUGGACAGCAACUGGGUGCCCCAGCAGGUCAGCCGGCGUCUGGAGGACAUCAUCCAGGAGCUCAAGGACCAGGGAGCGCAGAAGGAGGAGGAGGAGGAGGAGGAGGAGAGGCGGGAAGCCGAGCACGCUGCCGGAGAGGAUGAGGCAGGGAAUGAAGGCGGGAGGGAGGAGGCGGAGGAGCAGCGGGCCCGCUGUGAGCAGUGGUUGGCUGAGUGGGCUCUGGAGUGAGCCCAAACCACAUCCCUGCAUUCCCAGCUCUGUCUUUGUCCCAGUGGGUCCCCACAGAGCCCAGYGCUGACUCCACUCCUGCACUCCCCGUACGGCUUCCCUCGCUCCUGGGGCUGGGAUCAGAGGGAUUUGAGGAGCGGUUGAGAUGGGGUUGUUUUGUGAUGUCCAUCAUCCAUCUGGCUACGGGAUGUCCCUUUCCCAGUCCUGGGCAGCAGAKUCAGUGUCACAUUCCAGCUUAGAGUGACCCCAAAGCUUUCCAUCCCUGGCCUGGGGCUCGGGGCAGCACGGACACUGCCUUUGCCAUGGACAUUCCACAGCCCCUCCUUGCUUGGGUGUAGAAUUGCAGCCCAGCACAGGGAGGGGAGAACGUGCAGCUCUGGUGUCUGUGUUCCCCGUUCCUGUUCCCUUCCCUUCAGCUGCUGUAUCGUGUGGGAGGUGGGAGAUUGUGGGGCUGGAGUACUGACAGCCCCCCAGUACCGGGGUGUCCGGAGGAAUUGAACUGGGAUGGGCAUGGAGAGGUCCCUGUCCCAMACCCCCUCCCUCCCUCAGCCCACCUGGGGGGUUUUUAAAGGUUUGGUGAAGGUCAAGGAGUYGAUACCAAUGGAUUUUAAACUUUUUUCAAUUUUCUAGGAAGAGAAUUUAGUCUUUUAGGGUUUGUAAAAUACGGGUGGUCUUGGGAAUGAGGUAUUUUUAGUACUUCUGUGGUCGGAGAGCCAGCAGCCCAAAGSUUUUUUAAUGGAUUUUAUUAUUCCUGCUACUAGCACUGCCUUUCCUGCUUUUACCCCGGGUUUAGCCCCUGCUGAGACAGGUUAGAGGGUCUGAGCCCUUUGUGCUCACUCAGUCGAGGAGGGAUGAGUGUCCUGCGCUGGUCCCAUGGUGUGGGUCCUGCCUGGCAGCUUUCUGAGGCUCCUGGAGGCUGGUCCUCCAGAGGGGCACUUUGGGAAAGCUCUGGAGCAGCAGGAAAAGGAUGGAGCUGAAGAAAAGGCUGAGAGCUGAUGGGAAGAGCAGGCAGGAGCUCAGCUUUGACAAAUGCCAAGAAAUUUCCUUGGAAGUGCCCUUGCUUUGCUGGUCAUCCUGCUUUGCUUUCCCCUUUCCAUGCUGCUCAUCCUCUGCAGCCCUCGGAGGACGUUUGUGAAUAAGGAGAACGGGACAGCUGGGGAGGGAUGGGUUUGGGGUACCCCAUCAGCACCUGCCCUGGCACCUCACCCGUGYCAUCCCGCUGAAAACACCCCUGAUGGGGCUCACACAGCUGAUAUUCCCACCCUAAGGGGGCAUAAAAAGUCACAGCCCUGUYCUUGUGGGCGAGCACACCCUGCAAGUCACCGAAAUCCCCGGGGGGAAUUGGGUCACCUGUCCCUUGUGUCCCUUCCUUUUGUGGCUUGGUGCCACCGCUGCGGGGUGGGGGUGGUGUGAGCUGCCAGCCCUGGUGGGCUCCGAGCUGGUGCCAGAGGUUUUGGGGGUUCUGGACGAGCAGGAGCCCCACGUACGUCCUGCCAGGAGUGGCCGRGAGGGGACGGUCCCGCAGCGGGAUUUGGCACAGCGGCUCUGUUUGCCGAAGAACCGAGGGGGUGACGCGCACGGGAGGUGCUCGAAAGUGCCAGCGGAGAUUUGCGCGUCACCGGGGGGACUCAGCCUUCCCGGAGGCCCCGCUGUGGGAGCGGCUCCUGCUGGGAACGCGGCUGGGAUGGGGCUGUGAGCGGUGGGGUGGGGACAAGGGGACAAUGGAUGGGGCUGGCACGUCGAGCUCGCCCCGUGGCUGCAUCAAGAAGCGCCCGCACCCCACCCACCCCACCCCAAUCUUCGCGUGCUGCACUUUCCCCCAGCACCGCAGAUAAAUAGGAAUUUUCCUUACCCUGCCGAGGAAGUUCUCCAGGUUCCCCUCCCGGCUGCGUUGCGGGGCCGUGUCCCCAUCCCGCUCCUCCUGUCRUGCCCCGGGCUUGUGGUGUGGCCGCGACGCCCCGUGCACCCCGCGAUUGCCGAAUUGUUGUGUUUGCUGUAUUAAACGUGUCUCUGUCCUGCA